CCGCGGCGCGGUGCAUUGUGGGACGGCGGCGGAGGCCUAGGCGGGCGGCGCGAGCGCUGGACGGACGCGCGCGGCUUUACGUUAGUUUCGGGCUGACUGUCGGAGGGCGAUGGCGCGCGAGGACGUGAUGAGCGCGGCGGAGGACGCGGCGGACCAGUUCCUGCGGGUCACGAAGCUGUACCUGCCUCACAUCGCUCGGCUCUGUCUCAUCAGCACCUUCCUGGAGGACGGCAUCAGGAUGUGGUUCCAGUGGAGCGAGCAGAGAGACUACAUCCAGGCCACCUGGAGCUGCGGCUACUUCCUCGCCUCCGGCUUCGUGCUCAUCAACCUGAUAGGACAGAUCAGUGGCUGUGUUCUGGUUCUCAGCAGAAAUCUGGUUCAGUACGCCUGCUUCGGUCUGUUCGGGAUCAUCGCCCUGCAGACGGUCGCUUACAGCAUUCUGUGGGAUCUCAAGUUUCUCAUGAGGAAUCUGGCUCUGGGUGGAGGGCUGCUGCUGCUGCUGGCCGAGUCUCGCUCCGAGGGGAAGAGCAUGUUUGCCGGCGUGCCGUCGAUGGGAGAGAGCUCUCCGAAGCAGUACAUGCAGCUCGGUGGCCGCGUGCUUCUGGUGCUCAUGUUCAUGACGCUGCUGCACUUCGACUCCAGCUUCUUCUCUAUCCUGCAGAACAUGGUGGGAACGGCUCUGAUCGUGCUGGUGGCGGUGGGCUUGAAGACGAAGCUGGCCGCCCUGACGCUGGUUCUGUGGCUCCUGGCCGUCAACGUCUACUUCAACGCCUUCUGGACGGUGCCGGCCUACAAACCCAUGCACGACUUCCUCAAGUACGACUUCUUCCAGACCACCUCGGUCAUCGGAGGCCUGCUGCUGGUGGUGGCUCUCGGCCCGGGCGGCGUCUCCAUGGACGAGAAGAAGAAGGAGUGGUGAGGACGCCCGGAGCUGCCCUUCUGUUUUUUAGCGCGUUUUAUUCGCAGCGGUCGAGGAGAUUCGUCAUUCGUUUCGAGUCGUUUUGUGUUUAAUAAUGAAAGCGUGUUUAUGGAGGAGCGUUCGCCGGGAGAGAGAAGUGCAGCAGAUCUUCUUCGUCCUGGACUCUUUCUCGUGUUCUUCGGGAUGCUCGGGUCGGAUGAUGUUCCUGAGGACCUGAUGCAUCAGACGUCUGUGAACUCUGAACUCUCAAACUCUGAGUUUGUUUUGCGGUCGACGAACGGGACGGUUAUCCAAGUGUUUUCUGUUGAGUCUAAGAAAGACGAGUCACUAUUGAUUUUUUUUUUCAGACGUUUAUAUUGUGUUUUUGACUUUUUUUGGUUUUCAGAUCGCGGCGGAAAAAUAAAGCAAAACCUACACAUAA